ACUAGACCAGAUAUUACCUUAUUAUCUCUCACCUGGGUCUCUCACCUCCUGAUUAACAGAGUGAGAGACAACUAGAUAGAUAUUACCUUAUUAUCUCUCAUCUGGGUCUCACCUCCUGAUUAGGGGUAGAGAAGAAGGUGGAAGGCGAUGGAAGCAGCGAGAGGCUGGGAGAAGAUCUUCACCACAAGAACAUUAUUAUAAGUGAUUGUGAUGGAAACAGUCUUGAGACAAGGUCAACCUUGUUAUACUUUAGGGAGAAACUUUAUUAAAGGCAACAAUAUUAAGAGAUAAGAUUAUGACAGCGAGCAAGUUGUCCGUCUCGUGAAGCUUACCGUCCUUCACGCCGGAGCGAGGAACACCCCACGGUCGUAGAUGGUGAGGCCGACCGUCAUGGCGUCCAGCGACGUAGAGAGCGGGCAGUCGUGCCUGCCGCCCAACCCGCCGCCGCGGCCGAGAGUCUGCCACCACCACCAUCACCACCACGACUGCGAGGACGACAUGACCCCGAAGCAGAAGGCGGACUUUGCCGUGAUCAAGUUCGUUGCGGGUCUGGUGUUGACGGUGAUGAGGAAGUUCUGGUUGACCUCUGGGGCGGUCAUCAUCUUGAUAUUUGUCCUCUUCUGGCUGUAUGGCGGCCUCCUCGCCUUUGUCCUCCUCCUCUUUGCCUUCUCAGGAGUCGUAUACCAGAUCAGCGACCUGCUCGUCUACUGGCCCAACUUCCCGCCAGACUCCCGCGUCCUGGUUCAGCCGCCUUCCUCCAUCGGCCUGCCCUCGGAGAACCUGUUUUUGUACGCCCGCGACGGGACCAAACUUCACGCUGUGUUCGUCAAGCAGGAUUCCUUGGCCGUGAAAUCUGCCCCAACUUUUGUGUAUUUCCAUGGCAACGCGGGGAACUUGGGCCAUAGGUUAAGCAAUGUAUACGGCAUGUACCGAUGGCUAGGGAUCAACUUACUGCUCCUCGAGUACCGCGGCUACGGUCUGAGUGAGGGCUCCCCAUCAGAAGAGGGACUGUACCUCGACGCUCAGGCCGCUAUAUCCUACCUCAAGACAAGAUCAGAUAUCGACCAGAAUAAAAUAAUUGUGUUUGGAAGAUCGUUAGGCGGGGCGGUGGCGGUGGACUGCGUGAGCCGGACAGAGAUCAGCAGCAGAGUGGCGGGCAUCGUGCUCGAGAAUACCUUUACGUCUAUACCCGAUAUGGCUAAGGUCCUCUUCUCUGGGGUCAAAGUCCUUGCCAAGUUACCUCACUGGUGCCACAAGAAUAAGUACCUGUCAAAAUACAAAAUGUGCCGAGUGGUAGUGCCAACGCUGUUCCUCUCGGGCCAGGCUGACUCCCUAGUGCCGCCUCGCAUGAUGAUGGAACUGUACCACUGCUGUGCGUCGCCGGCCAAGCGCCUCAUGCAGUUCACGCAGGGCUCACACAACGAAACCUGGAAGUGCCCCGGGUAUUAUCAGGUCUUGGCUCACUUCCUGGACGAGGUAUUCAAGAGGACCGCUCAGCCGCUCGUUCUCCACCCGGGCGUCGUGUGUUUCUCCGAGCCCGAGAUACUCUAGCACCCCCUCUCUCUCUCCCACCUGCUCGGGCAAGACGGUACCCCAUUGGUUGAUUUUUUUGAAUGAGAAACGAGGAGACGGCCGGUACAAUGCUUGGAUUCGUGGCCGCGCUCCCUAAGUUGACGCCGUGUAGGGGUUGAUCCAUCAGUCGUCUGUUGCAUUUCUUCGCUACCGUGUCAGAAGGCAUUUAUCACGAGCUACUUGUUUUUGUAAUUCGGAAGUUUGGGUUUAAUUUGUUUAUGUAUUCGUGGUAGAGUUGGCUUAUUUGUUUUUCUUGAUUUACAACCUGUGAGAGAAGAGAGGAGGAGUGUGUUGAGUUUUUAGUGUACACAUACAGUACAGUACACCUGCCCUCCCUCAACUAGCUGUAGUAGUUUAUUGUAUGCUUAACUACCUGUACAGUAAUGGUAGUUUGAACAGUUUACACAUCACCCUAAAGUAACUGUACUGGUAGUUUGAAGAGUUUACACAACACCCUAAACUAACUAUACUGGUAGUGAACUAACUAUACAGUACUGGUAGUUUAUGUAACACAUUAAACUAACUAAAAAGGUUCCCAAGAAACUGUCGAUGGGAAACACUUACAUUAAGAUCAUAGUUAAAAUUGAUGAAUAAUAUCUUUAAAACUUUACAUUGAGUGAAGCGAUAAGCACAGGUGAAAUGUCUGCGUGUAUGUUGAAGGCACGAUGUGUUGCUCUCGGCCUCGUUGAAUGUUAAAUAACGAUCAUAAAUUUGUUUUUAGUGACCAGAUAACGAGGUUGACUGUCAACACAUUGAUUGGCUGCGUUGGCUGUUGAAUAAUUGCACGACGGGAGGUGAUGUACUUCUUUUAGCCAGGUAGGGGGUUAGGGUACAGAAGGCCAGCGAUUAUGUUAUGCAGUCAGUUAGAAAAAUCAUUAUUAACCCGACUCCUGCGGCAAAAUACACCGGAUAAACAAACUUUAAACUCAACAGCCGUCGACAACAACAUUUCAUUCGAGAAUUUUUUCCUCCCGCACCACAGAGAGUUAAUGGACAUAAAGACGAGAAUGUCAACAUGUGGCUACGGGUCAUCGUGCAGAAGACUAAGUACUUUACAAGGUUAUCAUAAGUGGGAAAUAUUAAAUCCCUUGAAAACAAACUUAUGUAGAUGUUAAGGUAAAGGAUUUAUGUUUUCUGGGGCUUUGGGUUUUACAAAGAACGUCUCAUUUUAUUUGGAAGUUGAGACGAGUUGAAAUGGCGUCUCACACUCUAUUACGUUCACCUCCUGUCUGUCUUAAAGAGUUGGAUUAUCCGCCCCUUGUAUUGUCAUCCGCCUCUUGUGUUGUCGUGUACGUAAAACAAACACAAUCUGGAUACGUUGGCCAAGAGUUCUUCCCCUAGACAGAUAUUUGCUCAUGUUCGUUGCAAAUGAUAUUAAUCUGAUUAUUUAUUUUUUUGUUUUUGUGUAUUUUCUACUAGAGGGACUCCCAUAAUACGUAGGUAGCGAUGAUCCUCUUCUCGUUCCUGAUAUUUAUGCCGUAGCAUUGACCUUAGAUGUAGGACGGCACUAGAUAGUCUUAUACAAAUAACUAACGUACCUUGAGCGGCUCCGUCCCAUUGGUCAAGAUCUGUGAGAAGUGUCGUAGUGUCCGUAAUAUCUCCCUCUUCCUCGCCUGCCGUAGUGCACGAUCCCUCAUUGGUCUGUAGGCUGGUCCUCUUAACCAAUCACUCGUUAGCUUCUGUCUCAUGGGUGGAUGUGUGUUAAGACGUCUCAGUGUGUGGUGUUAAGACGUCUCGGUGUGUGGUGUUAAGACGUCUUAAUGUGUGGUUUAAGACGUCUCGAUGUGUGGUGUCAAGUCGUCUCCAUCAGUGUUGUAGACUUAAGGAGAGACUAUUAUAGGGUAUCAGGGUAUGCAUUUAUAGAUAAUUUCCUCCCUUGCGCUUCAUUACGUAAUCCAACCCAGAGUUUUGUCUUACAGUAUUUACCAUCGCCGAAGAGUUAGUUUGUAUUGGGGUUAGUUAGGGCGCUGAAGCUGCGUUUAGGGCGAUGAAGCUGCGUCUGCCUUUAGCCCGUUUUAUAAUGCGGUAAACGUUUGUUGUUACCGACCUUAAUGAAACGCUGGUGGUAAGGGAGGGGGGUUAGAUCUGCGUCUGUUUGUUCGUCCGUUCUCUGAUGCGGUGAAAGAAUUAUUGGCUUGGGGUGAUGAUGAUGGCUGGAUAGUACACAGACACAGUAAUGGUCUUUAGUGAUUGGCUCGUAUGUCACUCUUGGGGUAAAUGAUUGUUGGUUAAGGUCAUUGGCUAAAGUUAUUGGUUAAAAUCAUUGGUUAAGGUCAGGGUCAUUGGUCAGUCACUAGUUAAGGUCAUUGGUUAAAGCCACUGGUUAUUGUACACACCCACUAGGGAUUUACCUCACCUGACCUACAGUAGAUCCUGCUCUUCCCGCGGCCAGCUCCUAUAUCACAUCAACACUGACUAAAAUCUCACGUAUCUUCGUAAACAUUAUCCCCGUCGGACUUUAUCCUCGACUGGAUAAAGCGUUGUGUAAAGUCUCGUGGGAUUUUAAUGUCAAAAAACGAUCUUUGUCCUUAGGAGUAUAUGAUAAGAAUGUGUCUUUUGUGCUGCUUAGAGUGUGUGUGUGUGUGUGUGUGUGUGUGUGUGUGUGUGUGUGAUGUCACCAGUGAGAUCAGGCAGCGAUGGUGAGGAAAAGGUUAUGUUGUGGAGUUGCUGUGUUUAUGGUUAGGUUGCAUGAUGUCACACGUUGUUUUAACCCUUAAACGACGGCUGUCAUGAGUGGUAGUUAGCUGUAGGGACGGUGGUCAUCAUCAGUGGUAGUUAGCUGUAGGGACGGUGGUCAUCAUCAGUGGAAGUUAGCUGU